UUAAUCAAAUGCAAGUCUUUGGGAACAACUAGAAAUUAUUUGGCAGUCAGUAACAAUGGAGACUGUGGAAAAGUGCAUAAAAAUUAUGCUAGCAAGAAUGCAUGAUUUUAUCAAGGCUAAAAGAGGCCAUACAAAAUAAAAACCAAAUAUGUAUUUGUUUCUUUCUUUCUUUCUUUCUAUAUUUUGUUUGUUUUAGGGGUGUAACCGUUUGGUUCGAUACGAUGGAUUUGUUGUCAAUUCAAUCAAUUGACGCCGGAAUGCCCCUAACUGGAAGUGUUAGUUAACUGGAAUGCUAACUAAAGUGAAUAGGGAUUACAUUUGUUUGUGAAGGGAAUGCACCUCCCGAUCUACAUAAAUGCGUCUAUGUUCACGCAAAUCAUUCGUGAUCCAGCUUCACCUACAGCAAAAAAGUCUGUACGAGACAAGACUGACGACAGUUCCCCAAGAUGCCUUUGCAAAUAUGGUCAAUAUUUCAAGAAUCCAUCUUUCCGUGGAUGUCUCUCUGAGCAGGUUAGAAAAGCAUUCCUUCUACAACUUGAGAAAGCUUACUCAUAUAGAAAUAAGAAACACAAGAAAUCUGACAUUCAUCCAUCCAGAGGCUUUUAAGAAUCUCCCUAAAUUACAGUAUUUAGGCUUAUUCAACACAGGCCUCACCAUCUUCCCUGACCUGACCAAUAUCCAGGCUGAUGACUCAUACUUCCUACUAGAACUAAGUGAUAAUCCCUAUAUUGCUGAAAUUCCAGCUAACGCUUUCCUUGGCAUUACCAAUGAUCUGCUGUCAGUGAGGCUGUACAGUAAUGGCUUUACGAAAGUCCAACAUCAUGCUUUCAAUGGCACAAAGCUGGACUCAGUGUACCUGCAUAGAAAUAAGCAGCUGACAAGGCUGGAUGAGAGAAUGUUUGCUGGGACUAGCAGUGGGCCAAUGCUCCUUGAUGUAUCAGAAUCAGCUGUCACUUCCCUACCAACUAGAGGCUUGGAGUCACUUCGGGAACUCUGUGCUCGGAAUGUCUGGGCCCUCAAAAAACUACCACCAAUCAAAACUUUCAGACACAUGAUUACGGCAGACCUGACCUACCCCAGCCACUGCUGUGCAUUCAAGAACUUAAAGAAAAAAAGAGGGUACUUAGAGGACAUCAUAUGUAACCUUACUGCCAGGUAUAACCAACUUCAAAAAAGGUCUGUGGGACUUUUUACUAUUCCUGGCCUGCACAGCAGCAUGGAACCUGGUAUCGAUUUGGGUGAUAACCUAUUUAGAGAAACCUAUGACCACCAGGACUUUUACAGCAGCCUGCACUACCACACCUACUUUGGCGGGCACCCCAGCGAUGAUGUGGGCUUUGGUGAAACACUGAAAAACCCCCAGGAAGACACCAGCCAUGAGUUUGACAGCCGCUAUGACUAUAUUGUGUGUGAGGAGGGAGAGGAGGUUGCCUGUUUUCCUGCUCCUGAUGAGUUCAACCCAUGUGAGGACAUCAUGGGUUUCAGCUUUCUAAGGGUAUCUGUGUGGUUUGUCAGUUUGCUUGCUGUGUUGGGCAACAUGCUUGUACUGUUGGUGCUGCUCACCAGUCACUACAAACUGUCUGUUUCAAGAUUUUUAAUGUGUCACCUGGCUUUUGCUGACCUGUGUAUGGGCAUUUACCUGCUGCUAAUUGCCUCUGUGGACCUCCACACACAUUCUGAAUACUAUAAUCAUGCUAUUGAUUGGCAGACAGGUCCGGGGUGCAACCUAGCUGGGUUCUUCUCUGUCUUUGCUAGUGAACUAUCAGUCUACACCCUAACCACUAUUACUCUGGAACGCUGGUAUGCUAUCACCUACGCCAUGCGGCUGGACCGUAAGUUGCGUCUGUCCCAUGCUUCAGUCAUCAUGCUGGUAGGCUGGAUCUUUUGCCUAUUAUUGGCUCUUAUGCCUCUCAUUGGGGUCAGUAGCUACCAGAAGGUCAGCAUUUGUCUGCCCAUGGACACCCAGACACUUGUGGACCAGACCUACAUCCUAUGUGUACUUGUUUUUAACAUCCUGGCUUUUGUGGUCAUUUGUGCCUGUUACAUUAAGAUCUAUUGUGCUGUUCACAAUCCCAGUCAUCAGUCUGCCAACAAAGACACCAAUAUUGCCAAGCGUAUGGCAGUGCUCAUCUUUACUGACUUCCUCUGCAUGGCACCCAUUUCACUUUAUGCUAUGACUGCAGCGUUGGACCACCCACUUAUCACUGUGUCAAACUCCAAGAUCCUCUUGGUGCUCUUUUACCCUCUGAAUUCCUGUGCUAACCCCUUCCUAUAUGCCAUCUUCACGAAGGCCUUCCAAGGAGAUGUCUUCAUAUUGCUCAGCAAAGUGGGUCUCUGUCAACGUCAGGCUCAGCUGUUCCGGGGUCAGACAAUAUCAUCAAAGGCAAGCAGCAGAGGAGUCACUAGACGUGAGAAGGAACAAACAGGAGCAAAGGAAAACCCUAUUUCACUUCUAGAUUAUCCAGGCAACCUGCCAGCCACCCAACAGCAGGAGGACAGUGAUGGGCAGGACACUUGAAACAUAUAUGUGAAUUCAGGCCACAACAACAGGAAUGUAGAUGUCCAACAGCCUUGGAGUCCAUUAAGCUGGGUUUGCAGCAGUACAAAAAAGACAGAUAAUUAAGUAUCUGAAAGGUCUGGAUUUAAACAAACUGAUUCAUUUUACGUUUUUAUAUUUAAUGUAUUUUUUGCACUGAUAAUAGUCAAUUGUUGACUAUUAUACAGACAGUGGGCCUUGUUCAUUUGACACAAGCAUUACAAAUUAUGUUAAUUGUUCAUAAAUUAAUUAUUUUGUGACAGUUUGAGUUCCAUUAAAUACACUAACAUUUUUUAAAGAAUAGUUUUAGAAUUGUUUUAAAAAAAGAAAUGUGCUCAUCUUGUGUUUUUUGAGGUCCUUUGAGAAUAGUAUAUUAAGCUGUUUAACACCGCACAUAAAAGCAGUGCAUUACAGUGUAUUAUGCCCAGUACUUAGAAUUACAUUUCAUGAUCAAGUUUGUAACAAUUGGCAAUGGCCCAACCACGAUAAUACGAUUUCAGAAUUUAUGGUUGUAAUUUAGUAACUGAAAAACUACUAUGUUUUCUAUAUAGUUACACUGCUGCUUCACUUAUGCAUAGUGUGUGUACAUGGAGUGAAACAGGCCUAAUGGCCUUUGUUGCUGUGCAUCAUGCUUUUGUGUAUUAAGAGCUUGUGUGUAGAUCAUUCAAGUGUUGUGCAUAGAUAUUGUUUUUAGCUUGUAUCACUAACAGUUUCUAGCUGUAAUGUUGAUGUUGUAAUCACAAAACAUCUUAAUGUUUAGUUUAUUUAAAUUCAUAUUUUUAUCUUCAUGUAUAACUAAAUAAAAA